UCAUGCUAUACGUUUUGAUAAUAUAAAAGAAUGGAGGCAGGCAACUAAAAAUUUGAAAGAAACGAAGAACAGUGUUGAAGUUUCGAAACGUUCCUCCGAGAAAUGCGGCUUCUUGCCGCCUCUUUACUUCCCUAUCACUUGUUUCUGAAACAAAGGAGGGCAAAAGAAAAAGUAAAAAGACUUUUGUGCAAAGGUCUUUAUUUAAUUUACUGAGAGAGGAAAAAAAAAGACAAAAGAUAAAAUAUUCCACUAUUUAAAUAUAAACAAUAAAUUAAUACAAUAAAAAACAAGCACUACAGUUAGCUCGAUGACAAUUAGUUUAUUAUUAGCAAUUCGGCAAUUUCAUAUUAAAAACUCUCUCUCUCUCUCUCUCUCUCUCUCUAUUUGUUGCGUAUGGAGAAGAGCUGUUUUGUAUGAAAAGUCAGCUGCUCCUCUCUAUCUCUCUUCCUUUCUUCAAAACCAUUCUCUUCAUCAUCACACCUUUGUUUUUGAGAAGAAGAACAUAUAAAACAAUCCAACAUCAGCCUUCAAAACCCAUUUCUUUUGCUUUCCUGCUUCCUAAAAAUCGAACCCCAUCUUCCCAAAAAUACAUACACUUGUACUAAAUAUAUUAGUCCAUUCAUAUCACUCUGCUUAAAUCAACCCAAAAAAACCCCAAAUCCAAAACCCAAGAAUUGCAUGCCUUUAACGUCUCUUUGGUGUCUAAAGAACUCAACAAGAUAUACACUUGAUGUUGCAGCUUGUGCCAUAAAAGCAUGUGCAGCUUGUUCAUGCCAAUUACUAGGAUGGAGAAUUACCAAGGUGAUUUAACUGAUAUUCUUAGAGCUGGCAGUGCUGCUACUUCCGCCGCAGGAGCUUACCAUUCUGAUCAUCUUCUUCAUCAUCAUCAUCAAGAACCUGAAGCCGCCGCCGACAGCUGGCACUUCCCAUCUGACCAUCCUCCUCCCAUGAAAUUUUCCUCAGCGUCCUCAGCCAUGGAGGAGGAGGAAGAAGAAGAUGCCAAGGACAAUUUUGGCGAUCCCUUUUCAUCCUACAUGCGCGAUCCGCUUCUUCAUGAACUGGACAUAUCGUCUAGCUCCAGCUUUUUCAUCAGCCCCAAUUCCUCAUCAGAUAUGAAUAUUAACAUCACUUCUGUGGAUGAAGCUGGCGGUACAAGUAGCACUUUUGGCGGUGCACAUAUAGUUCUUGCUCCUCCUCCUCCUCCACCUCAUCACCACCAUCUUCAUCAUCAUCAACAAGGUGGUGUUGUUGAUGGGGAUCCAAUAAAGAGGCCUUGCAACAUAUUCUCGCGGAUGCUUCAGAUCUCUCCGAGUGCAAAGGUCCCAGUGACGGCAUGUGACUCGCCGUUGCUGGGUGCAGCAACAGCAGUGUCGUCUCCACGGGGAAUUAGUAAGGCGGUGUCUGGUUCGAUAUCUGGUGCCAUGGUUGGAAGCGACAUGAUUAUUAAUGGGAACAGCUCAUCAGGAAAAGGUUGCUUGCUCGAGAACACCGGGGUGCAGAUCUCAUCUCCACGGAAUCCGGGCAUCAAGCGAAGGAAGAGCCAGGCAAAGAAGGUUGUGUGCAUUCCAGCGCCUGCGGCGGCAAACAGCAGGCCAACUGGAGAAGUAGUUCCAUCUGAUCUGUGGGCAUGGAGAAAGUACGGCCAGAAACCCAUCAAAGGUUCACCUUAUCCAAGGGGUUACUAUCGAUGCAGCAGCUCAAAGGGUUGCUCAGCAAGGAAACAAGUAGAGCGUAGCCGGACUGAUCCAAACAUGUUGGUCAUCACUUACACUUCGGAACACAACCAUCCCUGGCCAACUCAGAGAAAUGCUCUAGCUGGCUCAACGAGAUCCCAGCCAUCCAAAAGCAGUGCCGGUUCGAAGACCUCUUCCAAUAGUUCUCAUCAGCCUCAUCAGAAGCCAGCAAGCCCUACAAAGGAAGAACAAAAUGAGACCAUGAAUGAUAAUAAUCAUGUGUCUCCAGUUAUCACUGCUGGGAGUGCUUCAACAGUGAAGGAAGAAUUUGAGGACAUUGAGAAGCAAUUGGAGCUUGAUCAUCAAGCAGGGUUUCCUUAUAGACCAUCAAUGCCUGAUGAUCAGUCCAACCAGUCUCAUCACAAUGAGGACUUCUUUGCUGAUUUAGGAGAAAUUGAGGCUGAUCCACUAAACCUUUUGUUUUCACAAUGUUUCACAGCAGAUGAGCAGCAAAAGGGAAGCAAGGCUGCAGCCUUGGAUCCAUUCAAUCUCUUUGAUUGGUCUGGGGAUCAAAACACCAACAACAACACCACCUCAUUUGGUGAAGCAGCUAAGAGGCGCUUAUAACAAGACCAAGAUCACCACCACCUUGAAAAGAUAUCAUCAACAACAACAACAAACAAACAAACCUCCCCCACAAAAACAAGAGUUAAGAGAGUAUACUCUUUUAAAGUUAGUUUUUUCUUUUCUUUUUUGGUGGUGCAGUUUAAAAACCUUGUCUUUCUGGUUUGAAUUAAAUUUUACAUGUAGGGGUGGGGGGAGAUGACUACUUUUCUAUUUUUUAACCUCUUUUUUACUUUUUUAUUUUUACUUUUUGGGGUUCUUGUUAUUUACCAGAAUAGUCAGGGAUUAGGGAAAGAGAUGAUCAGUUAAGGGAAGAGAGAGAGAGUGCUGGUUGUUUGAUUGGGAGCAGACACAUUCCUUUAGGAAUUUUGGUGGAUGGGACAGAAAGCUGAGGAACAGAAGGUUUCUACAGUAGAAACAAGUACAUCCAUCGGAGACAUGACUGGAAAGCUCAGUCUCAGUGUGAAAGGAGAUUUGAUAUGAAGAUGGGACUUGCCUUCAUUAUUCAUCUUUUAAAGUGGGAAAAAUUAUUCAUCCGCAACCUUUGGUCAUGUGGGUGUGGGUAUUUUAAAAAGGAAAAAAAAAACCAAACUUUUAUAAUUUUUAUUGCUUUAAGUGACAGAUUUGAAAGCAAACAAAAAAAUAAAAUUUGAAAGAUGACAAAAGAAUCUAGGGAAGAAAAGAAAGAAUUACUACAGAAAAGCCUGACCUUUCUCAUCAAUCUGGUCUAGGGAUGUGUAAUUGUGAGAUAAAAUAGCAUGCUUUGGGUUCCUCAGCUUUCUGUUUCUUUUAUUAUCCACCCAAGUUCUUGUGCUUACUUUGGAUAUUGUUUUACUUAAAAAUGUAUUAAUAGUACUUAUCGAAUAUUAGACUGUUUUUGUCUUUUCAGGAAA